GUCGGCCUGCGCGGUCCCGGGUGGGCGCUCCGCCGCGGCGUUCGGGCCUCCAGCCCCCGGGGGCAGCUGGCGGGGGGAGCUGUCGAGGCCCCUUGGGCGGCUCAGGGGGCGAGGCCCGCCCUUUCUGCAGGGCCCGGGCCGUGUCGGACGGGGCAGCGGCAGCUCCCGCGCUGCCCCCCCCUUCGUCCGCCCCUCGCAGCAGCCUUCCCCGUCGCCCUCGGGGACCCUGGGGCUCUCUCCCUCGGCCUGGGCGGCUCGUGUCAGGGAUUUGUCGGAAGACGUCAUCAUCCGUGGUAAUUCUAGAAGCUAUGGAUAUACUCUUUAGAAUAAGAGGAGGCUUGGAUCUUGCAUUUCAGCUAGCAACUACUGAUGAGGCAUCAACAAAAAAGGCAUUAGGAUAUGUUUUCAGUGAUCUUGCAAACAAACUGUCCUCAGAUGUUCUUGUAUUAAGAAUUUGCCACAGUUCAGUCUAUGUGUGGCCUAACAGUGGUAUGAACACUGUUCCAGAGCUGACUGAUGAUUCUGCUUGUAAGGAGAUAAGACGAUUUAUACAAUUUAAUCAAGAUGAUGAGACCAAACGAAAGCUUGGCAAAAAAAAGGAUAAGAAGUUACAAGAUACGCAGCAGAUAGUCAAUAUAGACCUCAUGUUGGAAAUGACAUCUUCAUUAGCUGCUUUGACUCCAGUCAUUGAAAGGGAAAAUAAGGAACACCACUACAUAAAUAUGACAUUACCAGUUGAUGUUAUUGUAUCUGUUUCUCCAGAAGAAACAUGGGGAAAGGUACAAAAUCUCCUGGUGAAAGCAAUUCACAGGCAAUUAACUGACAUGGAAAGAUGUAUCAUGAAAUAUAUGAAGGGAACAUCAAUUGUGGUACCAGAACAAUUUCAUUUCAUGUUACCAGGAAAAAAUCACCUUGUAACAAUCUCGUAUCCUACAGGUAUUUCAGAUGAUCAACUGGAAAGUUACAGAAAGGAAUUGCAUGGGUUAUUCAAUCUGCCUUGUGACAGACCAUAUUUCAAGAGAGCAAAUGCUUACCAUUUUCCAGAUGAACCAUAUAAAGAUGGAUAUCUCAGAAAUCCACAUUUGCAUCUUAAUUCACCUGGUACAGAGUCUGGUAUGAUUUAUUUAGUACAUGGUGUAUAUAGUUAUCACCACUAUAUGCAGGAUCGGAUUGAUGACAGUGGUUGGGGCUGUGCCUAUCGGUCUUUGCAGACAAUCUGUUCUUGGUUCAAGCACCAAGGUUACAUUGAUAGACCUAUACCAACACACAAGGAAAUUCAACAGGCACUGGUUGAUGCUGGAGACAAGCCGGCAGCAUUUGUUGGGUCACAGCAAUGGAUUGGUUCAAUUGAGGUACAGCUUGUUUUGAAUCAGCUUUUUGGAAUAACAUCAAAAAUAUUAUUUGUCAGCCAGGGUUCUGAACUAGCAUUGCAGGGAAGAGAGCUUGCUAAUCAUUUCAAGACUGAAGGAACUCCAGUUAUGAUUGGUGGAGGUGUUUUGGCUCACACAAUAUUAGGAGUGGCUUGGAAUGAGAUUACAGGGCACAUAAAAUAUUUGAUUCUAGACCCACAUUACACUGGAGGAGAAGAUCUGCAUGUUAUUUUGGAAAAGGGCUGGUGUGGAUGGAAGGGCCCGGAGUUCUGGAACAAGGAUGCCUAUUAUAACCUAUGCCUACCUCAACGACCAAAAACUAUUUAAAUUCCACUGUUACACUGGAACAUGUUAAGACAGAAUACUAGCUGAUCUAGAUAUAACUGUCUUGUUAUUUAUCAAAAUAAUGCUUUAAGUCAAUCAAAACCCAGCUGAAAUAGAAAUGUUGCUUCGAGUAAUUUAAAUUAAGAAAUAUUUUUUCUUAAUGAAACCUCUAAAAAUACGAGUUGUCUUGAUGUGAACUGUAUUUCUUACAAAUACAUUUAUUAGGUAACGAAUAUGCUCUUCUUUUGGCUAGGACAACUUUAUGUUUAUACAGCAUUUUUUGUUAUGCUAAAAUCUUUACGGAUUUUUAUUUUAUGCCCAGUCCUUUUAUUUUAUGGACUUCUUUCUUGCCCAAAAGAUGAACUGUCCUUUACCUUCAGGUUCCAUAUAGCCAGCUGUCUUGUGCACUAUGAAUCUGUUCAAAGGCAUUGUUUGCUGCUGGUACUGUUGAUAACAGCAUUGUAGAAGGGGAGUGGGAGAAAAAUGGCUAUAUGUACAGAAUUUUAUGAACUUUGUUCUCGUAUUUACACAGAAUAAAAUGUGAGUGAAUUGUUGUA